CAAGCAGCGCUCCAUUAGAGAGACACAGAGAGCGAGAGAGUUUCAAAUAGUGGGAGGAAGAGGCAGAGCAACAAGCAGCGAAAGAGCGAGAGCCAGAGAGAGGCGUUCAGCAGGCUUCCAAAAUGGGUGCUGGUGAUGCGGAGAACGGCAAAAAGAUUUUCGUCCAGAAGUGCGCCCAGUGCCACACCUACGAGGUGGGCGGCAAACACAAGGUGGGCCCCAAUCUGGGCGGAAUCGUAGGACGCAAGAGCGGUACCGCAGCGGGAUACAAGUACACGGAAGCCAACGUAAAAAAAGGUGUCACCUGGACGGAGGGCAAUCUGGACGAGUACCUGAAGGACCCUAAGAAGUACAUUCCUGGCACCAAGAUGGUCUUUGCUGGCCUCAAAAAGGCAGAGGAGCGGGCCGACUUGAUCGCCUUCCUUAAGACAAACAAGUAAAUGCAUAAGACCGCAAAACAACAAGAUCGGCAAAAACUAAGACCGUUCGCCCUAACUCCAUUUAAUUCAAUUAAAAAUGCACAUGCCUAUAAAACAUUAAAAGGUUUGCUACUAUUUGAGUUUAUUAAAGUUAAAAAACCAAAA